AUGGAGAAUUGUCUGUGCAGCCCAACACAUGAGUCCGAAAAGGAACCGGUCCUUCUGGGGGGUGCGCGGGGGCAGUGGGAGAAGGGGGAGAGUCAGAUGGACUGCGGUGAGGGCGGAAAGGAAAGGACUGCAGAAGCUGGACUACACGGAGAGGGGAGAUGGGGCAAAGCUGAGGACCACCAGCACCCGCUGGGGGUCCACCAGGACCUCCUUACUGCUCAGCCUUCCCUUCCGUGGCACGCAGACCCCAGCCCAGCUCAGCCGGGUGCGAACGAAGAAGGGAACGACUGGCAGGGGCACGAGGUCGACCUGCAGUCCCAGGAGACUAGUGCGGAGGACUCUACCAAAGCAGCUAGUGGACGGUGCCUAAACAGAGAGGCCACUCCUCCUGGGCCGCCCGACACCGAGGGCACAAGAGCGUCGGCGCUGGUCGACCAGACCCAGGACGGUGGGGUUAGGAGCGAGAUGAAGGGCCUGCGCUCUGCGGAUGAGGAAACUGUAUCGAGCCGCACUCAAUGGGUCCGCUCCACCCGCCAGGCACUGAGCCGCAAUUGGGGCCCCUGUGUCCCCUCGGAGUCCGAUCCCAACCCCGACCGGCCAGGCCCGCUGUCCUCGGAGAUCCCUCCGCUGGACGGCGAAGGCAGUGAUGUGGGCGAGGAUCCCACAGCAGAUGCCAGCUUGGCCCCCAAUCGCCUGUCGGUGGUGUGUCUCCCAUUGGUGUCUGAAGGUCUCAAGCUGGUCUGGGCCCAGUCGGAGGACAUUGCAGAUCUGGAUGGCAUCCAAGAGCUGGUGGACACCUUCAACGCUUUUCCGUACCCGACGCUGCAGGAGGUGGCAGCCCUGGCUUGCCGCUGUGGCCUGCCGCUGGACCAGGUCAAAGUGUGGUUCAUGGUGCAGCGCAUCCGCUACGGCAUCAGCUGGGCCUCCGAGGAGAUCGAAGAGACACGUCUCAAGGUGUGCAGACGCCAUCGGGGGGGAGAGGAGGAGGAGGAGGAGUAUGAGUGGGGUACCAGGCUGGGCCUCCGGGAUGUCGGCGUGAAGAAGCGAGACGUCCCCCCUACCUUUCCAUGCAAGAGGGCCAGAUCCAGACGUGCUCUGUACUUUGGUCCGUCUCCAUCUGUCUACGGCACAUCAGGGCUCUACGCAGCCCCCAGCCCCCUGUUUUCCGUGGCGCCCCCUCCAGGUCAGCGGCACGGCGGUGAUAAUAAAUUGAAAGCGCAACUAAUGGAGCUGCGAUGUAGCUUCAGGCAUCAACACUGGCCCUCUGAACUUCAGGUCCAGCAACUGCGGGAGCAGACCGGCCUCGGCCGCGGUGACGUCCGCCAGUGGUUCGGCGAGUGCCGCGCCCAGCUGAGUAAAAGCGGUCGGGACGGGGUGGGAACAGCACGCGGUUACAGCCCGAAAGGCCCGGAGGAGCAAAACUCGAGUGGUGAUGGAAGCUGGGAGCUGGAAAAAAGCAUGGGCGAUGCCCACCUCUUGGAAAGUCCCUCUCGCGAGGGAAGGUGGGAUCACGCAGAAGGUAAAAGCGGAAUCCACGAAAAGUCGUGGCCCAGAAGCAAGGUGAAAGUGGAGGACGAGGGGAGGGACUCUGGAGGAGACCGCCUGAUUUACGCCGGAAGUCACAAAGAAGCGGUGAAUCGCCAACCGCCGCCGCUCUCGUCUCCGUCUCCGUCCCCCUCCCCGUCUCCCUCCCCUUCCGGCUCGCCAGCUCUUUGGAGCCGGAGCCGCCUGCGGAAGAAGACCAAGGAGCAGCUGGACGUGCUGAAGCAGCACUUCCUGAGCUGCCAGUGGCCCAGCAGGAAGGAGUACACCCGGCUGGUGGAGCUCACGGGCCUCCCACGCCACGAAGUCAUCCAGUGGUUCGGCGACACGCGCUACGCCGUCAAGAACGGUCAGCUGCGCUGGAUCAAGGGCGAGCGGGAGCAAAUCGUGGCCGAGAUCACGCAACAGCAGCUGAUCGGUGGCAGACCGGGGGGCAGGAGAGGGCGGCGGGCGAAGGACUGCGGUGGGCGGGGCCUCGGGAACGGCGCUCGUUCACGGCCGCUGCAGCAGCUCACGCACACUUACAGCAACGGCUACGGGACUAUGGCUCCACACUCUGGGCACCCAAACGGCGGCGGCACUGACUGGGGAACUGACAUCCCGCCACUGGAGGGGUAUCGGCAUCGAGACGAAGACCUGGAAACCUUCAGCCACGCGUCGCGGUUCCUCGGCCAGGACGGCAGCAUGGCGGAGGUGGAGGUCAAUAUCAGUGACUGAGACACGCCUCCGGCCCGGACUGCCGUCCCUGGGCACGGACCCUACCACCUGCCCCCGUUUCUGAUGUUCCUGUGAGACAGUAUUUGCCGAGGGGCCAGUAGGACGUUUUCUGCAGCGUUUGUCCGUCUUUACAUGCGCUUGUGCUGUGUGUCCAGAGUGUGUGUUGUUUUCUCCCACAAUAAUGUGCUUGACUGUGGGACAGUUUGAAGUGUCUCUGUGUGGAGACGACCGUGUUUCGCAUCAGCAUGGAGCACCGACCACUAAAGGACCUGAACACUGUGACGGGCUGGAGGUUUACGGCACAUUGUGCACUGCGGUCCUGUGCUGUGGGCCUAGUGUGUGUGUGUGUGUG